AUGAGCGUCUUCUAUUGGACCAUUGCGGGAUACAUCAUUGUGGGUGGAGGAGGCGUCUUUCUUUGGGGCAAGGAGCAUGGCAACUCGAUCUUUGAUCGGCUCUAUCGGAUCUUCUGCAUGCACGUCCCUCGGCUGCUGAAGAAGGCUUUGGAGAAGUGCUUCGGCAAGCGUGCCCCUGCCUGUCUUGAUGCUGCCUGGGUCUACGUCUGCUACACCAGCAACCCCCUGGUGCAGCUCUUCUACUUGCUGGUCGUGGUGGGCAGCUAUGCGACCUUCGUGGCUUACAGCCAUCCACAUUUGCCCAACAGGUUCAUUAGUUCGAUCCACAAGUACAUUGGCUUCGGGAUCUUCUCCUUGUGCUUGGCCGUUUGGUGGCGUGCCUGCACCACGGACCCCGGCACAGUGACCGCGGAGAACGUGGACUUGGUGUGUGAUGUUUGGAAGUGGGACGAGCUGAUCUUCCACAUGUCCAAGUGCCGCUCCUGUGAUUUGGUGAAGCCGGCACGCUCCAAGCACUGCUCCUUGUGCCAGCGCUGUGUUGCCAGGUUCGAUCACCAUUGCAUUUGGAUCAACAACUGCGUGGGCGUCGGAAACCAUCGCUACUUCUUGGGGUUCCUGGGCAUUCACCUGGUCAUUUGCUUCUACGGCUUUGGCUUGACAGCAACCAUCCUGUAUGAGAUCGUGGUUUCCAAGGAGCUCUUCUCGGCAGUCUUUGUGAGACCAGACACUCAGGAGCGCUUCACCGCCACGAAGCUUAUGGUGGGACAGUACCUCCUAGCGACCGAGGGCAUGGUGGUCUUCAUAUGCGUUCUGUGCUGCAUCAUGGGCAUCGUCCUCUUUGGCUUUUUUGGUUGGCAUCUUUACCUGGUUCGUUCAGGUACCACAACCAACGAAAUGAGCAAGUGGAGCUACUUGAAGAUGUGCCUCAAGCACGAGGGCCCUGAGGGCAAGGACAAGAUCCGUCUGCUGAACAAUGAGUACAACCAGGUAGAGGUAGACCAUUGGUGGGGAGAAAAGACGCAUGCAUUUCUGCGGACUGCAUCACGCUUUCCUGGAAAAGCGCUUUUCCAAAGUGCUCGACAUCCCUUGGGCACUUUGACACUCCGACCCAACAUGGAGGCGACGGUGGCGUUGCCUGCGGACCUGCGGCAGACUGGAAGGCUUCAAGGGCAAGCGGGCAAUGUGGAUAGCGGUGCCAAACCCAAAGGGACGACUCUGGCUGAAGCCAUGAACAAAGCCCUCAUGGACAAACGUGAUCGCGGAAGCUUCUUGGGCCAAGCCUGUCGCCGACACCAGGCAGGCAGCGGCUAUGGGAUGUACCGGGGCCCUUGUCAUCCUGCAAGUUGGUCACCACACGAGACGGCCUUAGUCCAGGGCUUGAAGGGCUGGCAAGUCACCGAGUCGGAUCAGGUCACCCACGCGGAGGCCUUGUUGCACACUGAUAAGCUGGAGAUGGGGAAGAAGUACCAGUGUCAGCUGAGCAGUCGCCUUCAGCGUGUGGCUCCCGACAACUCGGACUACUACUUCAAGCCGCCCAACUGCGAGCAGAACAGGAAGUACAGCAACCUCCAGGAGAAUCCCGAGUCGCCCCGGAGCCGGCGCGCGCGGCAGAUGGCGGCCGCGGCCCAACAGGCCACCUUACAGAAGAAGCCUUUGCUGGCACAGAUUCGUCAGCCGGUGGCGGCUUUGGAACGCCCGCGCGCGGGGGUGGCCUACAACAUCCGGCGCUUGGAGGAGUGGUUCAGACUCAUGGAUACCAACAACAGUGGCGAGAUCACUGUGCGGAAGUUGAUCAUCGGAAUGAUGAGAUAUCAGGACAUCAUGGACUUGAUCUACUUGCUGAAGGAGAAGUCCAGUGGGAUCUGGCAACUGAAGCCCUCCGAGCGCCCCACUGCUGGCAAGUUGAGCCGGGAUGAUAUGCAGUGGGUCCGUGGCGUUCUCAGCGAGUUGGGACAAGACGGCCAUUCAACCAUGACUUGGCCUGAGUUUGUGGAGUUCUUCCGUCAGUCUGGCCUCUUGCUGGAGUAUGAAACACGUGAUGAGCUGAAUUCAUCCUCACUGGGAGAGACCAGCAUUGCUGCACAUUUGAAGAAGCAAGAGGAUGAGGAGCAGCGCUUCCAAGCUCUCUUCUUCAGCAGGGAGCGCCGAGGUGCUUUGGCUCCGCGUUCCAGUCGCCGGCAAAGCGCUCCUGAGAACUGUGCGCUGGCACAGACGACCUGAGGGCUAGAAGCACCUGAGUGCAAGAACUCCAGACUCUGCUUGUAUGGUUGCUUCCCAACAUGUUUAAAAC